GUAACUUUUCUUCUUUCUCCCCGAACUGCUGUUUGAGAGCUUGUUGUAUUGUCCUUAAACCAAACCCAGCUACUUUUUAGCAGGUAAAAAAACAACAACACAGGGCUGCUAAUAUGAGCUCGAAGAGAGGCAAAUUGAAACGUACCAAAAAUGUGCUUAAUUUGGAUUCGGAUGAUAGGCCUUCACUAGCGCGAUCAAUAAUCGAUGAACAUCCAAACAUUGUACCUGGCGGGCGACAGUUAGAGAGGACACCUCCAUCCAAAAUUGAAAGAGUCACAACACACCGGCAUCCCAGCAAACCAGAUGAUUCUCCAACAUCAGAAAAAGUGGUCAAAGAUGAGCCAUGUGGCCAGGAAAUAACUAAGCGCAUUUCUUGCAAUGGAUCAAAUGAAGUUCUCCAGCAGCCCGAGGUUAAAGAUGAGAGGAUGUCCAUCAGGAGGUCUAGUUCUACAGCUGCAUCAGCAAUAACUGGGAAUGCAGACCCUGAAACCUUCAUCCAGGGAAUGCAGGGAUACCAGUGGACAGACACAGACCUGGAGUUUAUCUAUCAAACUAAAUUGAAAAAGCAAGUCCAACAGGCGCAGCAAGAGUUAAGCGACAUGCAGAGGUCUCUGAAGAACACGAAACAAAUGCGGGACAUGGCCCUUGCUGCACGUGACAAAAUACAAACAGAGCUCUCUAAGGUGCCGUCAUGCGAACGGAUACAGCAAAUUUCCAUGGAAAUACUUCUGAGGUCCCACAGCUCUAGUCAGCUGGAAGGGCUUGAUUUUAAAGCUCUUAUUGCUAAACUGAAGGUUGCUGAUGUGCAUUGUACUACUGCUAAGGAGAAGACAGAGGUCAGCAAACUCAAGGCGGAGGUGGAAAAAGCACAAGUAGUGAGGGAAAAGGUGGAGCAACUCACGAAGGACAUUGAGAAGGACAAGGAGAACAUCAACCAAAUCAAGGUAAAUGUCCUUGCGCUUACAUCAGAAAUAUCUGCACUGGAAUCCAAGAUGUCCAGUAAAGAGGAGGCACUUCAGUCAACUAAACCACGGCAAAAAGUCCACAGAGGCCCUAAAGCCUCUGCUGCUCCUUCUGCUCCUAAACCCCUGAAAACCCCUGCAGUCCAAAAACCAUCGAAACAUCCUGCUGCUCCUUCUACUCCCAAACUCUCCAAACAUCCUGCUGCUCCUUCUACUCCAGAACCCUCGAAACAUCCCACUGCUCCUUCUACUCCAAAACCCUCCAAAUCUCCUUCUGCAGCUUCUACUCCAAAACCUUCCAAAGAUCCCACUGCUCCUUCUACUCCAAAACUCCCCAAACAUCCUGCUGCUGCUUCUACUCCAAAACCCUCCAAAUCUCCUUCUUCAGCUUAUACUCCAAAACUUUCCAAAAAUCCCACUGCUCCUUCUACUCCAAAACUCUCCAAACAUCCUUCUGCAACCUCUGGUCCAAAACCCUCCAAAAAUCCCACUACUCCUUCUACUCCAAAACUCUCAAAACAUCCUUCUGCAACCUCUGGUCCAAAACCCUCUAAAAAUCCCACUGCUCCUUCUACUCCAAAACUCUCCAAACAUCCUGCUGCAACAUCUGCUCCAAAACCCUCCAAAAAUCCCGCUGCUUCUUCUGCUCCAGAACCCUCCAAACAUCCCACUGCUCCGUCUGCUCCGAAACCCUCCAAAAAUCCCACUGCUCCUUCUGCUCCAAAACCCUCCAAAAAUCCCACUGCUCCUUCUGCUCCAAAACCCUCCAAACCUCGUGCCACCCUAAAGGCACAGACUGCCUCAAAACCCUCCAAAACCACCACUGGCUCAAAGACCCCAGAGGCUGAGGUCGUUGGCCUCCGCCGCUCUAGAAGAAUCGCUGCUAAGAAAGAGAAGUGAAUAAUUUGCUCAGAAAUGCUCCAUAUGAGUAAAGUUCACCUCAGGAAGUCUUCAAGUGUUCUCACACUCAUUUAUUACAAGCCUUGUUUUACUCUGUAAUGACUUUUGUUUAGACUUUUAGACCU